AGCAUCAGAUACGAUGCCGCUUUUGGCAGUGGCUUCCAUGGAAGAAGAAUCCCUCCACCACCCGUCCAAAGCUUCAGCGCCCACUUACUACGGUCCCAUGCUCCCACCAUCAUCUCUAAUGUUCAGGUCUCUCCCACUCAACGAUCUUGGUCGGGAGUCCAGAGAGAGUUCCGAGCGCGCUCGGCAGUCCUCAGCCUUCCUACCACCAUGAAAGCAACUUCAGGAUCUUUUCACCCAUGUCCUGCAUUGACAUCUUUCUUUUUUCAUAAAUUGGGUGGUGCACUUAUCAAAUGUGAGUUCCCAAACAAGUAUAGGAGACAGAAUCAAAAGCUUGAGAAGAAAGUAACUGAAGCCAUUAAGCAGAGAGCUGCAUCAAGAAAGCGAUCUUUCAGGUCUAUGAACAGCAUAAUCAUGAGGUUCCCUCACUUCAAAGAUGGGUUGGGAAAUAUAAAGGAUGUAUUUGAACAAUACGAUGAGGACUCAAAUGGAACAAUUGAUCUUGAAGAACUAAAGAAGUGCUUGAGUACACUUCAAGUGCAUCUUACUGAGGAGGAGAUAAAUGGUCUUUACCAUUACUGUGAUGUGGAUGGAAAUGAGGGUAUACAAGUCAAUGAGUUCAUUAUUCUCCUUUGUCUAAUCUAUCUUCUGAUGGAGCCUGCUUCUGCAACUGACCGUAUGUCAAGAAUUGGAUCACCACAGGUUGAAGCUACUUUUGAUGCAAUCGUGGAUGCAUUCCUAUUUCUAGACAAAAAUGGUGAUGGCAAGAUUAAAAGGAAGGACAUGAUGCUGGCAUUUAAUGAAACGACUACAAAGGAGAAAUCACCGAAGCACAUCACUUUGAGACGAUUUAAAGAAAUGGAUUGGAACAAGAAAGGGAAGGUGAAUUUCAAAGAAUUCCUGUUUUCAUUCACAAAGUGGAUUGGAAUGGAUGCCGAUGAUCAGGAGUCCCUGGAAUGAUAGUGUGCCCCGCAAAUCUAUCGGAGUAGAGUUUUGAAAAAGAUAGUAAAAUUGAUGGUUGGACUGGCUGUCUGACAUGUCGAUAUCUACUAUCUAAUUCAGCCAUGGUGAUAUGCUUGACUGUGCCAUAUUUAUAAACAUAAACUAAUUAUAAGCAUUC